AUGUCGGGAAUGGUUGUGAGUGACAGCCUCAGUGGAGCCGACACCUUCGCACCACCGCCCGAUUCCUCCUUCCAACCUGUCGAUUUCACAGACCAAUCGGCUGAUGCAACAUUCGACACAGGGCCAGAUGACAGGGAAGACGUGAAGGACAUAUUCCUUGCAGCGGUUAAAUCCUCCUCACAGGUGAAGCCCCCAAAUCUUCAUCCCACAGGCAAAGAUGAGUGUACCAGAAACCCAUGCCAACACGGGACCUGUGUGUGCACAUGUACCUGCUCACCUGGAUGGACUGGACUGAACUGUCAGCAAGACAUAGAUGAGUGUCCAGGAAACCCAUGCGAACAUGGACGCUGUGUGAACCAAGAUGGUGGAUACACAUGUACCUGUUCACCUGGAUGGACUGGACAGAACUGUCAGCAUGAUAUUGAUGAGUGCAUCUGGAAACCAUGUGAGUACGGAACAUGUGUGAACCAAUAUGGUGGAUACAACUGUACCUGCUCACCUGGAUACACUGGACAGAACUGUCAGCAAGGCAUAGAUGCGUGCAUCAAGAACCCUUGCCAACAUGGACAUUGUGUGGGCAUAGAUGAUGGGUACAGCUGUAUGUGCUUACCUGGAUGGACUGGAAAGAACUGUCAGCAAGACAUUGAUGAGUGCAUCUGGAAACCAUGUGAGUACGGAACAUGUGUGAACCAAGAUGGCGGAUACAACUGUACCUGCUCACCUGGAUACACUGGACAGAACUGUCAGCAAGGCAUAGAUGCGUGCAUCAAGAACCCUUGCCAACAUGGACAUUGUGUGAGCAUAGAUGAUGGGUACAGCUGUAUGUGCUUACCUGGAUGGACUGGAAAGAACUGUCAGCAAGACAUAGAUGAGUGUGUCGGGAUACCAUGCCAACAUGGACGCUGUGUGAACGAAGAUGGCGGAUACAACUGUACCUGUUCACCUGGAUGGACUGGACAGAACUGUCAGCAAGACAUAGAUGAGUGCUUAGGAAACCCUUGCAAACAUGGACGCUGUGUGAACCAAGAUGGCGGAUACAACUGUACCUGUUCACCUGGAUGGACUGGACAAAACUGUCAGCAAGACAUAGAUGAUUGUGUCGGGAUACCAUGCCAGCAUGGACGCUGUGUGAAUGAAGAUGGUGGAUACACAUGUACCUGUUCACCUGGAUGGACAGGACAGAACUGUCAGCAAGACAUAGAUGAGUGUGUCGGGAAACCAUGCCAACAUGGACGCUGUACGAACGAAGAUGGCGGAUACAGCUGUACCUGCUCACCUGGAUGGACCGGACAGAACUGUCACCUAGACAUAGAUGAGUGUCCAGGAAACCCAUGCCAACAUGGACGCUGUGUGAACCAAGAUGGCGGAUACAACUGUACCUGUUCAUCUGGAUGGACUGGACAGAACUGCCAGCAAGACAUAGAUGAGUGUUUAGGAAACCCUUGCAAACAUGGACGCUGCGUGAACCAAAAUGGCGGAUACAACUGUACCUGUUCACCUGGAUGGACUGGACAGAACUGUCAGCAAGACAUAGAUGAGUGUGUCGGGAUACCAUGCCAACAUGGACGCUGUGUGAACCAAGAUGGCGGAUACAACUGUAACUGCUCACCUGGAUGGACUGGACAAAACUGUCAGCAAGCCAUACCAUGUAAGAGUGGGUGGAGCGAAUACAACAACAACUGCUACAAGCUGUUUAAAGACAAAGUCAGCUGGUCUACUGCAAACGGGAGGUGCAAACAACAGGGUGCGAAUCUUGCUUCUGUCAGAAGCGCUGAAGAGAACAAGUUCAUCGCACAUCUCAUCGAGGAUGCCCCUAAAGUAACCACGCACAGCCGUUAUCUCGUGUGGUUUGGACUGACUCUAGAUGGGCAGUGGAAGUGGACGGAUGGUUCUCGCUUUUCUUACAAAAACUGGGCUCCGCAUGAACCUGGCAGGAACAUGCUUGGCUGGAUCCGGACUGUAAAAUGUGCCAACAUGUACUCCAAGGACAGCAGUGCAUGGCAUCUCGGCGCAAAGGGGAAGAAAGGACAGUGGAACGACCUCAAAUGCUCCAGCCACCAUCCCUACGUUUGCAAGGCUCCUAAAUGAUAAAAAGGUGAAAUCCUGCUAG